UCCUAUUCUGCUCACAGCUGCGGUUGCUUCUUUGUCUCGCGAGAGUUGGCAACAGUGUAUUUAAACACUAUUCGUCAAAACUCUCCGCUCCCCGCAGACAGUCCUUCACUCCGCACAGCCAUGUCCAACGUCGCCGAUACCAAACUAUACGACAUUCUCGGGGUCUCCCCCUCGGCCUCCGAAAACGAGCUGAAAAAGGCUUAUCGGAAAUUAGCAAAGGAAUAUCACCCCGACAAAAACCCAAAUGCUGGAGAUAAAUUCAAAGAGAUUAGCUUUGCUUAUGAAGUACUAACUAACCCAGAGAAGAAGGACUUGUACGACCGUUAUGGGGAACAGGGUUUGCGAGAAGGUGGCUGUGGAGGAGGCGGGAUGGAUGACAUCUUUUCCCAUAUCUUUGGCGGCGGUCUCUUCGGCUUCAUGGGUGGACAGGGUCGGAGCAGGAACGGAGGGCGGCGGAGAGGGGAAGAUAUGGUCCACCCCCUGAAGGUGUCUCUUGAAGACUUGUACAAUGGAAAAACAACCAAAUUACAGCUGAGCAAGAAUGUUCUGUGUAGCACUUGUAAUGGGUGAGUAAGAUUUGUUUCACGUUA